AAGGCUUGGUGUAUUUGUGUUUCUUUGACGACGGAUCUUGGUUUCAGGGUACACUGCUAACCAGGGAUAAAAAACAGUAUGGAGUUAUGGGUGAAGCUUGUGGCCCACCAGAGGAAGGGUUUGCUGAAUGCUGUUUUGAAGAAGAACCAUUAUUUUACAUGAUUACCAUUAUUGACCGACAAGAUGAUGAAGAAAUGGUGUUUAAACAUGUUAUGAAGACUGGUGGUGACAACUGUACAUUAACAUCAAAUGAAAUUGACUUUGAAACUGAAGAACUUUUAGUUGGAAGCAAGGCAAGUAAUCACGUGAACAAAUACUGCCGGUCAGAGCUGAAAGGAAAGGAGAGCAUUGUUUGUUCUGGUCACAUGACAAUACAUCGUAAUGUUGAGCAAGACUAAAGGACAAUUGUGAGAUGAAAAGUUUUAAUUAACAGUUCAUAGCAACGGCUUAAAUUUUUCUUACCUUCUUUCCAAUGUGACAUUUUGUCCUAAGGUAAAGCAAGCACUGUCUCGUGCACUUAGAUCUGACGUAGUGAGGGUGUUUUGGAAGUUGUUUUGCAAAACUUUUGUCGUGGCUGAAGAUCCAUAGCAGAAAAAUAUGGUUACCAGUCAGAAUACCGCUGCACUUGUUACAUUGGUUUAUUGUGAAUUCUCCCCAUUGCAAGUUCGGUCCCUAACCCAAAGCAAGUUCGCCUCCACCUUAACUAGUUUACCCCUUUCGACUCGUUUCCUUACAAACGCACUUCUAAUGCACGAGUAAUGCAAAGCCGUGAAACUACUCCAGUCUUAAUCAAACGGGAUUGACAGAAUUUUGUGCCUUUACUCACAGCGCUGUUUAAACCUAGUUAUUUUGUCUUUCCUUCGAACUUCAUGCUGACCCAAAAGCUUCAACAGCAUUGCAUAAUAACGCUCUUAACGGGUAGUUUGUUGUUGUAAGGGUGCAAACUCGCAAAGGUCAGUGAUUUGGGGCGAACUUGCAAGGGCCGAAUUUAUCAGUUACCUUCAUAUUGAGCAGUUGCAAAUAGUAUAGCGUCACAAGUACUUUAUACAUGCUUGCGUUUGGCGUUAUUUGGCUUAUCGUGAAAUAAUUUGAAAUGUGAUUAAAUUGAUAUUUGCUUAUUUGCGCCACAAAAAGACUUAGGAGAUGAGAUGUCUGUGGUAGCCGAGUUUUUGUUCUUUGCCCUUCUUUGAGUAAGAGUACUACAAAAUCUUUCCCAUAGGGGACAUCAAGCGAGAUUUGACUACAACUUUGUAAACCACUAUUAAACGUGGAUGAAUGUGC